CCUUGAGGUGCGCCUGGGCCGAUGAAUAAGUACACCCGCAGCGGCUCCUUCACUCCGAAGACUUUCACUUUCCCCCUUGCACAAAACCGAACAUCCCACCCUACCACCACCUCCAAGCUAAAAUACCUGGGCCGCCCCUCCCCACGAAGGGACGCGCUCCAGGCGAAUGGGGAGGGCCCGGAAGUCGGGCCCGGGACAGAGGAGGCGACCCACCGCCUCCCGGUCGGAAGCGGCAGUGCAGGUGAGGCGGCGGCCAGCCUGGGGACCGCGCGGGUAAGGAGCGGGAGGGCGGACUGCACCGCGAAGUUGGCGGGGGACUGCCACGCACGCCUCGCCUCGGCCUUCCUGCACCAUAGGGGCUGGCCGUCCUCCCGCCACCCCUGGGCACCUGUUGACCACGUCUGGGCGAGGGCGGGUCGGCUCCCGCCCUCGGGCCCUCACCCCACCCCGGCCAGCCGCGGCGGGGACGCCGGGUCAGCGAAGGGUUAAGGGACUCGCUCCUUCCUCUCGGCUCCCUCACCCUUGGAAAGUCCCCGAAAUGACGUUUCAACCCGACAAUUUAAAAAAGAGUUUAAUUAUAGAGACAGGCUCUGGGAGCUGGAACAAACCCUCGGUCGGCGGGGCCGGUAAACAACUCGGGAGCGAGCGGGCUAGGCCAGCCGCAGCCUUGCGGAGCCCGCGUCCCCGGGGAGAGGGGGAGGGGAGGGCCUCCGGGAGUUGGAAAAGCCGAGGAAAUUCGAGGAAUCAGCUUUCUUUGGAAAAACCCACUUUGUAGGCAUUCUGGGGCGCCUGAUGGUGCUCCUGGCCGGUCCCGCAGCCUUGGAGGGAAAGCGGCGCCGCCCGAAGCAGGGGCACAGCCGGUGCCCCGCGGGGACAGGCCGUGGGCCGGGAAGGGGGCCCCGCCCGCUCCCAGUCCCUUUCCCCUUUGCUUUUUUCCAGCCCCUCCUCCGGUCACCCCAGCUGAGCUUCGCGAACCCUUGGGAGUUAAAGACCAGCUGGCCCCUUUUUUUGGGGGAGCGGGAAUAGGUGGAGGCCGGGGGAAUAAAAAACCGAAAUAGCUUCACAUCAGAACUCAGACUAACCUUGUGGUUUCAACGCGCACCCUGCUCUGUCCUGAAAUCUGGAACUCAUUACCUCAUCACCAAGAAACUGCACGAAAUCUACCCCCCCCGCCCCGCCCCAACACCCACUUGGGAAAGGAACGAGCAAACAUCCCUCUAAGAAAGAAACCUACACUUGAAUGAUUUAAAUUAAGGUGGAUGGAAGUUAUUUCCCUUUCUGGCGCUUGCCAGAUUUCAAGAAAAGCUGAAAAAUGGGAGCAGGGGGAGGGAAGCAACAGACGGCUGGAGGGCAGCAGCAGAACAAGCGAGGAGCAGCAGCCGGGUUAAAGUGGGGGCCAUCCAUUUCGGGCAGAAGAGACAAUGAAAGCCGACCCCGCUGGGAUCACGUAGGUUCGUGGCUGCAGCAAAAGUUGUGUUUCGCAAAGUUGAAAAACAGCCGGUUUCUCAAACAGUUGUGAUUUGGAAGGUUUCGCUGGGUUUGCCCAGAUGUUUACGAAUAAAUAAGAAAUGCAGUUGUUAAAAAAAGUGUGUGUUGGGGGUGGUGAGAAUGCGCUCUCUUCGGCCCGCCCCGUCCUUUCCAAAGAAACGUGCUCAUAAUGGGGUGACCUAAUUACAUCGCAAUGGAACUCAAUCUUAGCCACUCCGCAGCACCGGGUUUCGUAACAGACUCGGCGGCCUCGAGUGCUGGGAAGAAACGUGCGAGGGCCGAGGGGGCGGCGGAGUCCGAGUGGAAAUCGGAAAGAAGCGCAGCCCUGCGACUUCCGCCUGGGUCAUCACGCCAGCACUCGGGCCAAGGCGCAGGGGGCGGGUGGGGGACACGUUAACUUUUUAUUUGGGUGGGUGACAUCCAAACCUAACUAUGUAUUUUAUCAUUUUCAAGGGAGUCAUGCUCCAUUGCGGGCCCUUUGGUUUCGUGGCUCCCAUGCCCCCCUCUCCAUCUCCCGCCAAAACGGCGCAGCGUGACAAGCCAUAUGUUCCACUCCCGUGGGGGCGACUGAGAAGCAACAAUAAAAGUGCCGCUUCCAUCCACCUCUUUACCUUCAUUCUUACCAAAGUAACCUUUUUUCAUUGUUCUAGAGUCUUGAGGUGUGUGUGGGGAGGAUGGAAGAGGAGGGAGGGUUGUGGCGCCGCCCGGAAUUCGGAGCGCGCGUGGAAAGUAGUGAGUUGCUCGGUGGGCUUUUUCUGGGAGGAAGGGGCAUUCAGGAAGGAUUAGGGUUUUCUUGACUAAAAAGUUUAAAGAUUGGAUGCGUGAAAAGAAACGCCACGCCUAGGCCGAGUAAAACAAACAAUCGGCCCGAGUUGUAGUCUUUUUUUGCGACACCCCCCACCCGCCCACACCCGGAGAGCGCCGGCUGCAAAGCGAGCGCGAGUGUCGACGCGUGCGGCGCUCUAAAUUGUGCCGCGCUCGCCCCCGCCAGGCCAUGUUCUCCUGGGGAAAAAGUUUCCCUAGUCCCCCCAGCACCGCGCCCCACCCUACGCCCCGCUGGAAAAAAAACAGCAACAUAAAAUCCUAGGCUUGAACAUUCUGUGCGUCCCAAAUUUCUAAUGUCCUCGGCCUGCCCGGUUUGCGGAAGGGAGCCGAGUGUCGAAGAGAAGUCGGGAAAAGGUAAGUUGUGCAGACAGUUGGGGAAGUUUCAAGGGGACCGCCAGCUCAAGAUGGAAACUGCCGCCCGGGCGCUAAGGACGGGCUUCAGCUCCCGCUGGCAAAAAGAGAAAGUCGAGCCCGCCUUCCUGCCCAACAAAAAACAACAACACGACAACAAGAACCCCGGAGGGAGUGGAAUGAGUGACGUCACAGCCGCGCUCUGAGGCUGACAAAGGAGGGGGCGCGCCCCUCCCGCUCUGCGCCCGCGCGGCCCCGGAGAGGGGGCGCCUGAAGCGCCGGGUAGGGAAGUCAGCCGACUCGAAACUUUUCCUCUUUAAGAAAAAAAAAAGUUGUGCGCGGCUCGGAGUGGGUUUUUUUUUUUUCCGCCUUCUUUUCUCGUCUCCCCUCCCCCUUCUUCCUUUUGAAAGUUUCUUCUCCUCCCCCUGCCCCCCCUCCCCGCCUGACCGCAUGGCUGAUUCAACUCCAGUGUCAAUCAACUUCUUUUUCCUCCUCUUCCUCAUUUAAAUAAGUUUAAAGCUCCUCCUCCCCCCGGCCCACCAAAUCUGAAACUUUAUAAAUUGGGCUUUGCGCGCCCCAGCCCGGAGUCAGAAAGGCGAGGGGCGCCGGUAACUGGCGUGUGGGACUCCAGACAGGAGAGGCUGCGCCUUCCCCGCACCGGGACCUUCGCGACACACCAGAUCCUCGCCCCUGGCCCGCGCGAGCGCACAGGAUGACCACCACCCUCGUGUCUGCCACCAUCUUCGACUUGAGCGAAGUUUUAUGCAAGGGUAACAAGAUGCUCAACUAUAGUGCUCCCAGUGCAGGGGGCUGCCUGCUGGACAGAAAGGCAGUGGGCACCCCUGCUGGUGGGGGCUUCCCUCGGAGGCACUCAGUCACCCUGCCCAGCUCCAAGUUCCACCAGAAUCAGCUCAUCAGCAGCCUCAAGGGUGAGCCAGCCCCCGCUCUGAGCUCGCGAGACAGCCGCUUCCGAGACCGCUCCUUCUCGGAAGGGGGCGAGCGGCUGCUGCCCACCCAGAAGCAGCCUGGGGGCGGCCAGGUCAACUCCAGCCGCUACAAGACGGAGCUGUGCCGCCCCUUUGAGGAAAACGGUGCCUGUAAGUACGGGGACAAGUGCCAGUUCGCACACGGCAUCCACGAGCUCCGCAGCCUGACCCGCCACCCCAAGUACAAGACGGAGCUGUGCCGCACCUUCCACACCAUCGGCUUUUGCCCCUACGGGCCCCGCUGCCACUUCAUCCACAACGCCGAAGAGCGCCGUGCCCUGGCCGGGGCCCGGGACCUCUCCGCUGACCGUCCCCGCCUCCAGCAUAGCUUUAGCUUUGCUGGGUUUCCUAGUGCCGCUGCCACCGCCGCUGCCACCGGGCUGCUGGACAGCCCCACGUCCAUCACCCCACCCCCUAUUCUGAGCGCCGAUGACCUCCUGGGCUCACCUACCCUGCCUGAUGGCACCAAUAACCCUUUUGCCUUCUCCAGCCAGGAGCUGGCAAGCCUCUUUGCCCCUAGCAUGGGGCUGCCCGGGGGUGGCUCCCCGACCACCUUCCUCUUCCGGCCCAUGUCCGAGUCCCCUCACAUGUUUGACUCUCCCCCCAGCCCUCAGGAUUCUCUCUCGGACCAGGAGGGCUACCUGAGCAGCUCCAGCAGCAGCCACAGUGGCUCAGACUCCCCGACCUUGGACAACUCAAGACGCCUGCCCAUCUUCAGCAGACUUUCCAUCUCAGAUGACUAAGACAGGGUAGGGAGGGACCUCCUGCCUACUCCAGCCCCUACCCUGCACCCACAUCCCAUACCCUCUUCUCCCUACCCAUCCAAUUCCCCACAGGCCCUACAUUAACAAGGUUAAGCUCAACCCCUUUCCCCCAGCACCUCAGAAUGUGCCCUCCCUCUCCCCCUCAUAACCCCACCUAACAUAAGGACAAGUCAAUUUGUCAGUAGCUUCUUCUGGCUUGAAACCCCCUCCCUGGAUUUUAUAGCCCACUUACCAUGCAUAACAGACAAGUCCCCUAUUUUGUCAGUAGAUGCCUUUUUUUUUUUCCGGCUUAAGCCUUAAGUGCCAAAUCACAAGAGAAAAAGCAGUAACAGUUUACAGAAGCAACUUAGUGCCUUGUAAUCUAACUUUGUCACUGUGACUACAUUACCUCUUCAGCGCCAGAGGGCACCCGUGGGCCUCCCGGAGCCUCUGCCCAUGGGGGGGUGGAGACCCGGAACCAGCAGCCCCCUCCACUGGCGACACAACUGCACCUUCCCUCAUUUCAGUCUCCCGCACACUUAUUCCUCCUCCCCUCUUCCCGGCGGCACCUCUCCACCUGUACCCCCCGGCCCCUUGGAAGAGUUGUUGCCAGACAAGGGUUUUGGGGGAAACCUGUCUUGACAUUCAAAACCUUUUUCUUCCCGAUCUGAACCCCUGUUGACUAAUCUUGCCUGGGUUUGUGUAGGUCUGCAGGAAGGAAGGCUGAAAAAGCGGACGAAGAUUUUGACUUAAGUGGGACUUUGUGAUUUAAUUUUUUCUUUUUUUUAAGUGGGGAGGAAGGGGAAGCUAGAUGGACUAGGAGAGACUUGAUUUUGGUGCUAAAGUUCCCCAGUUCAUAUGUGACAUCUUUUUAAAAAAAAUAACAACAAAAAAAAAAAUGAGAGAAAAGCUAAAAAAAAAAAAAGUAAGGGGUGAGCAGUUAAUGGUAUUCAUUCCACAUACAAUAUCUGUGUAAAACGAUUUCCUGUAGAAGUAGCUUUAAUGGUUUUUGCUCUAGAAUACCGUAGGUCUAUCCUUAGAGCACUCACGCCAUGCUUUCUUCCCUGGGUUUUAAACUUCAUAUAACUUUCAGAAAUUGGAGAGCAAAAAUUUUGCUUGUCACUGCACAUCAAUAUAAAAAAGCUUAUUUAACUUAUCAAAACGUAUUUAUUGCCAAACUAUGCUUUUUUUUUGUUAAUUUUGUUCAUAUUUAUCGGGAUGACAAAUCCAUAGAAUAUAUUCUUUUAUGUUAAAUUAUGAUCUUCAUAUUAAUCUUAAAAUUUUGUGACGUGUCUUUUUCCUUUUUUUCCACAGUUUUAAUAUAUUAUUCUUCAACGACAUUUUUUGUAACUUUACACUUUUUUGGUUAUUUUAUUUUAAAAAAAUGAAAAAUUAAUUUAAAAAAAUGCAAAAAACUGUUGGAUUAUUUAUUUUAGAAAUUCCCCCCUUUGUGUUGGACUGCAAAUUGAGUUUCUUUCUCUUUAGGCCUUUCACAACUAGGACUGAGAAUGUAUGUAAAAGUUCUGUGACAGUACAGAAGGAAAACAACUUUUUAUGUAUAGCUUCUAAAAGGGAAAAAAAAAAAAAGAGAAACCCUUUGACUUCCACGUGCCCAUCUCAAGACAUUCCACUCACAGAUUUGAGGUUCUGGAUUCCAGGUCUGGAGUUUUCCAAUGUUAAUGUAAACAGAACUGGCACACACACAUUAAGAUGAAUGUAAUUAUUAUUCCUCUUGCUGGUCACUACCGUCGCUUUCUAUUUCUCUUUCUUUGUGUGAAUUUAUUUAAAAGAAAAAAAAACUUUUUGUAACGACUAUUUGCAGUUUAAAAAUCAAUAAACCCCGUUUUUUCAAGAAA